AUGGACAGUUUUCAGGUCUAUGAGCCGGGCGGCGACUUGGGCGCCUCGGCUCUGACAAAACGCCAGGCAAUCCUCGCCAUACCAACCACCUAUCAAGGCCUUAACUCUGGACCCAAACCGGGAACUAUUGCUGCCAUCGUGCUUGGGUCUGUCGGCGGGUUUUUGCUGAUCAUAUACCUCAUCUGGGCGGCAGUGAAUUACGGGAACGUGUUCGGUAAUAGGAGAGGCGUCGUUGAGGAGGAAGUCAUCCGUCGGCACAGGCCACGUAGCAGCAGGCGAGGGACCACGGUUGUGGAGGAAACCAUAGAGGUGGAUAGGAGAAGCUCAGUACGACGACGAGGAGCAUCGUCGGUGCGGGAGGCAGCGGAGGAAACAAUUCCAGAUUGA